ACACCUGUGUUUAGGUUCAGGUUAAAAUACAGGCCUGUCGCGUGGGAUUUUUAUUUUUCUCCAUCUUCUUUUUUAUUCUUUUUAUUUAUUUAUAAAUCUAUCAGUUUUGCUUCCCACGUUUUAUUUUCCAGUUUUGUCAUAAUGCGGGGACUACCUGCCGCGACCCUCCUGUUGUCGCUACUAAAAGUGGCGGUGUGUAUUCAGGUGAUUGUCCCUGAGCAGGACCGUAAGACAUUACUGUUUGCCUCAGUGAUUCUCCGAUGUGACUACAGCACCUCUGCAAACCUCCAAGAUGUUCUGGUCACCUGGAGGUACAAGUCCUUCUGCAAAGACCCUGUGCUGGAGUACUACUCCACAGCAUACCAGUCUGCGCAACAGUUAGGACAGGACCCAUCGAAUGACUGUCCAGACCGUCAGCGGACAGUGCGCACUGUGAUCCAGAAGAGAGGAUCCAACGAGCCGACGCUGGGACCCGAGUACCGCGAACGCAGGAUCACUAUCCAAAAUAAGGCAGACCUGGUGAUCACUGAGGUGAUGUGGUGGGACAAUGGGGUUUACUACUGUAAUGUGGAUGCUGCUGGAGACACCACUGGCGACUCCGACAAAGAAGUCAAACUCAUCGUCUUGCACUGGUUGACGGUGUUGCUCAUCAUCAUCGGAGCCAUCCUUCUGAUUAUCCUCUUCGGCAUCUGCUGCUGCCAGUGCUGCCCUCAGAAAUGCUGCUGCUAUGUGCGCUGUCCCUGCUGCCCACAGCAAUGCUGCUGUCCUGAAAAAGUGGUGAUGCAGCAUCGUAUGAUGAAGGAGGCUCAGAGGGCCAUGGCUCCCUGGAUAGGAGGACAGCCAGUAUAUGGACCAAUGAGUCACGCUUCCUCCCAGAUGAACCCGCUGCUCUACUCAGGAUCUGUUUCAGGGAAGAGCAUCCCUAUGAAGCCAAUGCCCCUGCCUCCCCCUCAGUCUUCAUCUUACAGCAUGCCCCCUCCCAGCGUCCAUGGCAACCACGCCCCUGCCAACACCAAUCACAUGCUCGAUUACCUCGAGAGCCAGGUGAGGGGGAUGGACAUGACCAGUCCUCUGCUACAGUCCCAGCCACCUCCGCAUCACCACAUGCAGCAGGUCCCACCUCCUCCCCAGCACAUGCCUGUCCCCGUCCCAUUUUCCCCCGGUCCUCCCAGCAUGAUCUCAGCCCUUGAUGAUGGCCCAACAGAUCGUCACAUCAUCACACUUCAAGCAUUAAAGGAGCACCAGCCAGGUAGAAUGCCGCCCCCUGCACCCAGGACUCGCCCCCCGAGCUCCAGUGAGAGCAGCCGCAGUGGCUUCGGCCGACGUGACGAGCGAGGAGCAGCGGGAAGGCGUUACCCCUCACCUACUAGAUCAAGAGGUAUUCCUCGGAGCUACAGCCAGGACUUACUGGAUGGGCAGAGUCACAGUGGGGCACGAGGAGGCAUGGACCGCCCCCGCUCCCGUUCCAGGGAUGACCUGUUCGACACCAGGUCCAGAGGAAACUACUCGCCCCCUUCAUCACACCGCCAGAGACGAGGGUCCUGGAGCUCGAUUGAUGAGGGUAGCAGCAGGAGAGGAGGAGGAGGAGAGAGGAGAGGAGGUGGAGGCUGGGUUGACCAACCCCCCAGCUACACCGAGUACGAACCUGGAAAGAAACGCUACACUGACAAGAGUUCUCGCAGUGGCACCAGCAUCAUCAUCUGAACCCUCCAGCUGAGAAACGCCCUGUGACCUGUUUCAAAGAACAUGCACACCUCACUAGAACUGGGAGCCAUGUUGUCUGGCUACUGGUAAACUUUUAAAUGCCACCAUUUUUAUGUAUUAAAUUGAAUCAUAUACCAACUCUUUUAUUACCUUUUGAUAAGUGAAAAGCUGGCAGUGGGGUUCAUACAAUGUGAGAUGCAGAAAUUUGGAAUAAUCCUCCUCAGAGUGUACGGGUGGUUAAGCAACUGUUUGGUGUCAAUAAGGAAACCUAUUCGGUACCUUUUCUUUUUUUUUUGGUAUUAUGAUUUAAGAAAACUCAGCAAGUCUUUACUGGGAUUGCUGAACAGAUUUUUGGGAUAAUGUCUCCCUCUGCUGUUUCAUCAGUAUAAUGAAAAUAUUCUGAGGCGAUUUAGUCUAAAAUCCUCCCGUUAGAUUAUUUCUACAUGCUGCUUUAGAGUUGAUGUUUCUCCUAUUGAAACUCUGUUUGGCCGUAACACAGUUAAUUCUUACGUUGAUAAAGCCAUGAAGCAAUCACCAAUGACGCUCAGGGAAACAAAUAAAUUACACUUGUUACAAUGAAGCUGUAUAAACCCACAUAAAUAUGAAUAGCUUAUUGUGAAUGCUGAAGUUAGUUUUUAUCGUUUUUGUAAAUAGUUAUGUCUCAUAUCUUCUGUUUGUCCUGAAGUGACUGUAAUGCAUUGUUUUACUAAUGCUUUGAAGGAAAAGGUGUGUUCCAUUAGCAUCUGUCCAGAUAAUGAUUAAGUGGUUUGUACAUAAGAUGAAUGAUGUAUUUACACUUUAAACUGCAUGUAAAUUAUUUUACAUGAUGUUGAUGAGUGAAUUGAAGUUAUGUCAACACUGUAAGAGGCCCAAAAAGUUUUUUUUUUUCUUUUUAAAUUACAGCUGUUAGCACAAUGUGAAAAUGCAAUGAUAUUUUGUGAACAGUUUUGGAAACGUAACCGCUCCCCCACCCCUCAUCCAUUGAUAUUUUUAAGGAUUUUUUUUUUUUUUUUUUUA